UUAAUGCCGGAUUGAAAGAUUUAGAGAAGGUCUUAUGAAUCCUGACGCUAACCUGAGUUGCCUCCAUUGCCAAAUCUCUAAAAGGUCUAAAGACCUCUGAUUAAUUCUGGUGUUGCACGCUCACACUCUUCUUCUCUCAUCUUUCUUUUCAUAAUAUUCUACACAAUGUCUUCAUUUGCUAUGCGUAGAUUCACAGCUGGUCCUUCGGUAUGUUCGUUCCACUCUUUAACCUCGGGCCCCGCGUCUGUCAAGUCAAAAAAUAGCAAUGCUAACCUCUACCAUUAUGCUAGUUCUCGAGGGCAUUGAAAAAUCAAACCAGAUCGUUCUCAUCGACGAGACCUGCAGGUAUGUCUGCCACAGCUUUAAUGUCCGGUCCAAUGGCUAAUAUCUAACUAAUCUGCAGCCCGAAUUAUCACACAUGCGCCACUUCGAGCAAAGGAAGCCUCGCCUUUCGUGAGCAAUAAAUACCCCGUCGUAGUAUGUAUCCCAAGUUACACCUGGAAGUAUGUCGUGUCUGAUUGUUUGGGUAGGAUCACGAAUAUGACGCUAUUGUCAUUGGUGCUGGAGGAGCUGGCUUAAGAGCAGCAUUCGGUCUUGCGGAGGCUGGUUUCAACACUGCAUGCAUAUCGAAACUUUUCCCAACUCGAUCACAUACGGUAGCGGCGCAAGGAGGUAUUAAUGCCGCUUUGGGUAAUAUGCACGAAGAUGACUGGAGAUGGCACAUGUACGAUACUGUCAAGGGUUCAGAUUGGUUAGGAGAUCAAGAUGCUAUUCAUUACAUGACAAGAGAAGCACCAGCAUCUGUCAUUGAGUUGGAAAACUAUGGUUGCCCAUUUUCAAGAACAGACGACGGCAAGAUGUAAGCGGAACUGGCGGCUCAUUUAUGGGUAUAUACUAACAGAGUCUAUUUAGCUAUCAACGUGCCUUCGGUGGUCAAUCACAAAAGUUCGGAAAGGGUGGUCAAGCAUACAGAUGUUGUGCAGCUGCUGACAGAACCGGGCAUGCACUUCUCCACACUCUUUACGGUCAAUCUUUAAGGCACAACACAAACUACUUUAUCGAAUAUUUCGCUCUCGACUUAAUCAUGGAGGAUGGUGAAUGUAAGGGAGUAAUCGCAUACAACCAAGAAGACGGUACACUCCACAGAUUCCGCGCACACAACACUGUUUUGGCCACCGGUGGUUACGGACGUGCCUACUUCAGUUGUACAUCUGCACACACUUGUACUGGUGAUGGAAUGGCUAUGGUCGCUCGUGCAGGAUUACCUAACCAGGAUCUUGAAUUCGUUCAAUUCCAUCCUACCGGUAUUUAUGGCGCUGGUUGCUUGAUCACUGAAGGUGCUCGUGGUGAGGGUGGAUAUCUUCUCAACUCUGAGGGUGAAAGAUUUAUGGAACGUUACGCACCAACUGCUAAGGAUUUGGCUUCUCGAGAUGUUGUUUCCAGAUCAAUGACCAUGGAGAUCAGAGAAGGGCGUGGUGUUGGUCCAGACAAGGAUCACAUUUACCUCCAACUCAGCCAUCUUCCACCUGAUGUUCUCCACGAACGUCUUCCAGGUAUUUCUGAGACCGCAUCCAUUUUCUCUGGUGUCGAUGUUACCAAGCAACCUAUCCCAGUCCUCCCAACCGUCCACUACAACAUGGGUGGUAUUCCAACCAAGUACACUGGUGAGGUUCUCACUGUUGAUGCUGAGGGUAAGGACAAGGUUGUACCAGGUCUUUUCGCAUGCGGUGAAGCUGCUUGUGUUUCCGUACAUGGUGCCAACCGUCUCGGAGCCAACUCACUUCUUGAUUUGAUCGUUUUCGGUCGUGCAGUAUCGCACACAAUCCGCGAUAACUUCGAGCCUGGUAUGCCACACAAGGAAAUUAGUGCCGAUGCUGGUGCCGAAUCUAUUAGUGUCCUCGACCAAAUUAGAACUGCCGAUGGUACCAAGAGCACACACGAAAUCCGUCUAGCCAUGCAAAAGACCAUGCAGACAGAUGUCAGUGUCUUCAGAACUCAAGAGAGUUUGGAUGAGGGUGUCACAAAGAUUAACGCUGUCGAUCAAACAUUCAAGGAUGUCAAAACUCAAGACCGAAGUAUGAUUUGGAACUCGGAUUUGGUUGAAACCUUAGAGUUGAGAAAUUUGUUGACUUGCGCGUAAGUUCUUCCUAUGCGUACUUUCAAAGGUUAGGGGAUAUUCAUACUAACUUAACACAGUGUUCAAACCGCCGAGGCAGCUGCCGCCAGAAAGGAAUCUCGAGGAGCACAUGCCCGUGAAGAUUACCCAGAGAGAGAUGACAGUGAAUGGAUGAAGCAUUCUUUAACCUUCCAAAAGAAGCCACAAGGAAAGACUGAUUUAACCUACAGAGCCGUUGUUGGUCACACUCUGGAUGAGAACGAGUGCAAGGCAGUUCCACCUUUCAAGCGUGUAUACUAAAUGCUCAUGUUUUGCACGUGGAGUAAUGACCUGAGGGGUUGACUGCAGGUUUUAUGGGUACCUACAUGACAAGCGAUCGAGAAUAAUAGGCGAUGGCCUUCGGGGAGGAUUGAUCAAAAGACAAAGAACGAGCAUCACUUCAAGAUCAGGAAUGAUCUAUGAGUCUUUGAGUUGAGCAGGGCAUGGGAAUAAACUGAGGUGUAGCAUAGCCGGUUGGGAAAUGCGGUGGUAUGAUAUCAGUUGUUUGCGGGUUUUUUAAGCGUGCCACUUGUAGUACCCGCAUAUAAGGUGUUGUUGAAUAAAAUAACUUUAUAUGAAUUUGAUACGAUCAACUACGUGCUGGUGGUAGA